CAUUUUCAUUACCAGUAAGAGUUCGACUAGGGGGAGUAUCACUGACCUUUAUAUACCCUAGUCAGCUGCAAGAUUCUAGAAUUGAUAUUGUUCUUCUCUUCUAAUGUAGCUUCAAUCUUUAAAUUGUGUAGACUCCAAAGAAAGAUUUCUCUAACCUCUCCCUCCAUUAUCAGCUCUCAAUCUAUCAUAUGCCGACGAUCAAACUCAUCACCGUCUCCCGAACAAAAGCUUAUGCUUCUAUCACGUCCCUGUAGAGAGAACCGACCCUCGGCAACAACAAAUAAGUAUCAAUCAAUGCAUGAACUCACAGUAAGAAGAGUGGAAAGCAAGCUAUCCCGUUUUCUUUGUUGAAAUAGAGAAAUCGUUACAAAGCUUCCAUCCGACCGUAGAAGAGUGGCAUGGUAUGACGAUCCUGGUCGAUUUGUUAGUAGUGGAAACUCCGCAUGCAGCCGUGGGAUUGCCUCGGCAGCGCAUUGUCACCCUUCAACCGUUGCUCCGCGGCCAACCGGGGCUCUCAACAGAUGUGCAAGGGGCGGCGGCGUAUAACUCGGUGCUUUUUUUCCCUGUUUUCUUUUUCCUUCCCUGUAACUCUUCCCUCCUUAGUAUCUGUUCGUCCUCCCCGAUAGACUUUGACAAACCUGUUUAACUAUCCUCCCGUGGAAAGCGUAUCCUACGGACCUUUUCUCCGCCACAAAUUAAAAUCACCAUGGCCAUGACCAUGCGAACCACGCGCCAGGCGACCAAGCUGGCUCAGUCCGCCCGCCCAUUGACUCAAUAUGCCUCGCGUAGGUCCUAUGCGACAGCGGAGCCCGACCUGAAAUCUGCCCUCAAAUCGGUCAUCCCCGCCAAACGGGAACUCCUGCAGCAGGUAAAGCAGCAAGGCGAUGAGGUAAUUGGCGAGGUCAAGGUCUCCAGUGUCAUUGGUGGCAUGCGUGGUCUAAAGUCUAUGCUCUGGGAGGGCUCCGUCCUCGAUCCCAAUGAGGGAAUCCGCUUCCACGGUAAGACCAUCAAGGAUUGCCAGAAGGAGCUCCCCAAGGGUACUUCCGGCACCGAGAUGCUGCCCGAGGCCAUGUUCUGGCUGCUCCUCACCGGACAAGUCCCCUCGACCAGCCAGGUGCGCGCCUUCUCGCGCGAGCUGGCCGAGAAGUCCCACCUCCCCCAGCACAUCCUGGACCUCAUCAAGUCGUUCCCCCGCAACAUGCACCCCAUGACACAGCUGUCCAUUGCCGUCGCUGCACUCAACACCGAAUCGCAGUUCGCCAAGGCCUACGAGAAGGGCCUAAACAAGGCCGACUACUGGGAGCCAACAUUUGACGAUAGUAUCUCCCUCCUCGCCAAGAUUCCCCGUGUCGCCGCCUUGGUCUUCCGCCCCGACGAGGUCGACGUGGUCGGCAGGCAAACCCUUGACGCUACCCAGGAUUGGUCGUACAACUUUGCGGAGCUGCUCGGCAAGGGUGGCCAACAGAAUCAGGACUUCCACGAUCUGCUGCGUCUGUACCUGGCUUUGCACGGUGAUCACGAGGGCGGUAACGUCUCCGCGCAUGCGACUCACUUGGUUGGCAGCGCCCUCAGUGACCCCUUCCUGAGCUACAGUGCCGGUCUGCUGGGUCUUGCCGGCCCGCUGCACGGUCUCGCCGCCCAGGAAGUCCUGCGGUGGAUUCUAGCGAUGCAGGACAAGAUCGGAACCAAAUUUACCGACGAGGAUGUCCGCACCUACCUCUGGGACACCUUGAAGUCCGGUCGCGUUGUACCCGGCUACGGUCACGGCGUCCUGCGCAAGCCUGACCCCCGCUUUGAAGCUCUCAUGGACUUUGCUGCGACUCGGCCUGAUGUCUUGGCCAACCCUGUUUUCCAGCUAGUGAAGAAGAACUCGGAGAUCGCCCCGAAUGUCCUUACCGAGCAUGGAAAGACCAAGAACCCCCACCCCAAUGUUGAUGCCGCUUCCGGUGUGCUCUUCUACCACUACGGAUUCCAGCAGCCCCUCUACUACACCGUCACCUUCGGUGUCAGCCGCGCGCUCGGCCCUCUCGUCCAACUCAUCUGGGAUCGUGCCCUCGGUCUGCCCAUCGAGCGUCCUAAGAGCAUCAACCUCUUGGGCUUGAAGAAAUGAUUGACGAAUUCCCGACGUCUGCAUGUAAAACAGAUUUGAAUGAUAGCGUAUUUUGAUAUCCGCAAUGAACGUUUGUUCUUCCCUUGCCAAAGCUGAGCCCCUUGUUCGCUUCAUACUAUUUGAUCGGUUUCUCCCUGUAUCUAGCCGUAUGCCCGUUUGCAUAAAUGCCAGAUAGACCUUUUAGAGAAAUAGAGCUAAAUUGAACUUUAUGUUUUUUUAUAAUUUAUUUUUUUUUUUUAUUUCACCUCACAAUCUACGGUAUUUUCUCAAUAUAAUUGUAUUGCAAGAGCCUUUCCCGAAGCUUGACAUAUUUAUCAAUACCUUGUCCAUGUUAUAGCCUGCUUUCUAAGUCUUGUUUGGAAUUCUUUAGAGGCUGAGUCUAGACUAAAAAUGUCUUACGGAUAUAUAUCUUUAUUGAAUUAGUUAUAUCAAUAUCACCCCAGACUUUCA